UGAUGGUUUGUUGUUUGUGUCACUUUAUUAUAUUUUGUUGGUAAACUUUGAACUUUUUAAAAUAAUUUAAAAAAAACUAAUAAAUAUUAAAUAUGAACUUCCAUAGGAUGAUAAUUCCCAUAGCAUUUCAUUUUGCAAGAAGAGCAUCUUACUACUCACGGAAAAGCAUUUCCAGGAGACACAACAUUUUAUUCCCCCCAGUAUUGACAGCUCUCGCAUUUUUUUGGCCUAUAAAAUCCAAACAGUCUAUUGAGGGAUCACAGAAGAAUCAAUCUCAAACUAUCCUCGCAGAAGCGGAUAAGUUGUUCGAAAAUGGUCACUAUGAACAAUGUUAUCAACUCCUGAGUUCUGACGGGGUGGAUAAUGAUGUGGAAAUUCAAUGGAGAAUAUGCAGAGUUCUAUACAACAUGUCCAAAGAUCCUAAAGCAAAUGAGAAUAGUAAAAAAAGCCUCAUAGCUAGAGCUUACCUGGUUAUAUCUGGUAUUUUGGAAGACAAUUACAACCAUUUUGCAGUUCAGAAAUGGUAUGCAUUGCUUCUAGAUGCUAAAAGUGCCAAUGAUGGCAUAAAAGAAAGAAUCAAACAGUUGGAAACUGUUAAAAAACACAUGGAUUUAGCUGUCACAUUGAAUCCAAAGGAUGCUACAACAUUGCACAUGCUUGGAGAAUGGUGCUACCAGCUCGCUGAAAUGCCGUGGCAUCACCGGAAGAUAGCCAGUGCCCUAUUCGCAUCACCCCCUACAUCCACAUAUGAAGAUGCUUUAGAAUAUUUCCUCCAGGCUGAGAGUGUGGAGCCCAGAUUCUACAGUGUAAACUUGGUCAGGAUUGGCAAUUGUUAUCUCAAGAUGAAGAAGGAAGACCAGGCUAAGUACUACCUGCAGUUGGCAGCGACCUACCCAGCCAAGUCCAACGAUGACCAUCAGGCUAACAAAGAGGCUGCGGAAUUACUGAAUAAAUAUUUUAAACAUUCCAAAUGAUACAGCAAUUUUGAAAGAUUGAUGGAUUGUGGAGCAGGGUGUAUGGUGGUAGGUUUGGUGAUUAUUAUUUUAUACUUAUUGGAUUAUUGGAUUUGAGGCUAUGAUAUUAUUAUACAAAAAUAUUAUAUCACAUUAAGAUUUUAGUAAGUAAGCAUCCAGAUAUAUAUUUAUGCUACUAUUUCGUUGUUAAGAUUUAUCAUUGCUAAUUAUUAAGCAUGUGAUGUAAUGGGUAAUAAAUAUUUUUAUUUUCCAUAUACUUACUAUGUACUUACUUAUUUUAUACUGCAUAAUCUAAAAAACUAUUAUUUAUAAAUAAUGUUUUU